AUGACUGCCCCCGUUCAUGAAAUCGAAACUCAUCGCUUUGACAAAUGGUGGAAAGAUCUUGGUAUGCGCAAGCUACUAGCAUGGCAGGCUACCAUUCUUAUAUCGCAAAUGACCACUGGUUAUGAUGAAAGUGUGGUGGGAAGUUUCCAGUCCAUGAAGCCCUGGGUCAAAGAUAUGGGAAAUCCGGACUCAUCUAGAAUCGGACUCAUAACAACUAUUGUUUUCGUUGGGGGCUUUGUUGGUGCUCUGAUUGCCUCGCCCACAGCAGACUACCUCGGACGACGAGUAGCCAUGUUUGUUGGAGCAAGCCUGACGUUUUCGGGAACUGUAAUUCAAACAGCUGCACAAUCAGCUGGUAUGUUUAUUGGUGGUCGGUUUUUGAUUGGCGUUGGAAUUAGCUUCACAUGUGUUGCUGGCCCCUCGCUGCUCUUCGAACUGGCUCAUCCGGCGACGCGUGGCACAAUAUCUUCUUUGUUCAAUGUACUUUGGUACGUAGGCUCCAUCAUCGCGGCAUGGACAACGUUUGGCACAGGAUAUAUGACUACCAGCUGGUCAUGGCGUAUACCGUCGCUCAUUCAAGGAAUUCCCGCACUUCUCGUCAUGAUGUCCGUUCUUUGCGGUCUCCCCGAAAGUCCGCGAUGGCUUUGUGCAAAACACCGCCCGGAAGAAGCCCAACGACUGCUUGCAAAGUAUCAUAGCAACGGCAACAUGCACUCGCCUCUUGUGAUACAUGAGAUGGAAGAGAUACAUACCUUGUUGGAGGCUGAAGCGGCCGCCCAAAAGAGUGGUCAAAGUAGCUGGCGUAUUCUCUACCAGUCGCCGGCAAACAGGAAACGAAUUGCCCUGGUGGCUACUGUUGCCCUCUUGACACUCUGGAACGGCCAGGGAGUAAUCGCAUACUACUUCAGCCCCAUCUUGACCAGCAUUGGUAUCACCUCUACACCUCAGCAAACCGGUAUCAACGGUGGAUUGCAGAUAUGGAACCUGCUGUUCUCCCUAGCAGGGGCUUUACUAGCGGACCGAAUCGGCAGACGAACUCUCUGGCUGAUCUCAUUCAUCGGCAUGAUCCUCGUCAACAUCCCAUUGACUAUAUGCUCGGCCAUGUAUGCCCAACAUGGAUCCAAGGGAGCCUCGUUUGCCGUCGUUGUAUUUCUUUUUUUCUACGAUGCGGCCUUUAAUCUGGCAAAUAACCCACUUCUUUAUUGCUAUCCGACGGAGCUUCUGCCGUUUGCAAUUCGAGCCAAGGGUUUAAGUAUUCAAGUGGCUAUCUCGCAGGCAGCACUUACCGUCAAUCAAUAUGUUAAUCCCAUUGCACUGGAGAGCAUUGGAUAUUACUACUAUAUUUUCUACCUGGGAAUGCUUGUCCUCGGCACUUUGAUCAUAUAUUUCGUGUUCCCAGAAACGAAAGGUAAAACCGAAGUUGAGCUCGCCGCUCUUUUUGAGGAUCCUAAAUUGGAUCACACAGACCCAGUGAUGCUUGAGGGGUUGGAAGCAGCGUCCGAUCAAUACCCAAAGCCCUGUGAGAAGAGUGCUGUGGUUAUCAAGAAUGAGAUGUCGGAUUCACUGUAA